UACAAUAAUUAUUUUUAACUUAAUGGAAUAGCAGACAUUUAUCAAGACUCUGCAACAGAUAGAUAGGCUUUAUGUUAUUUAUCUCAUAAAGAUGCUUGAAAUCCAUUGUGUGGGUAUAAUAAAUUAAGAAAUAAAAUGAAAACAUUGCACUGAUUAAAGCAGUUGAUAAUGUAUAAAUAUGAUUUUAUGGCGCGCCCUCUAAUGGUGAACACGUUAAAUGUUGUUGUGUUGCUUGGAUACCUGAUAAAUUACAGCGACAUAUUAACAUGAAUAAUCUACAGAACACUGUACAUUAAGAGAAGAUUUGAUAUAGACGUGGAGCAACAACAUAGACAAUUUGACUGACAGGGGUUUGGCUAUGGAGGAGUCUGUAAUCCAGCAGCACCUCACACACUAUAAACAGGCCACAGAGACGGCACGUGAGGAGCUGGCCGUCCUGCAGACCAAAUACAACAAACUCCAAUCACAGCUCUUGGAAAGCCAAUCCAAAGUUGCAUCUCAGGAAGAGACUCUGAAGAACUUAAGGGAUGUUGUAGAUCGACAUAAAGAGAAAGAAGCGAGACAGGAGUCUCUCAUCAGCUCGCUCAGAGAACGCAACUACAACACAGAGCAGGAGAUGCUCUCCAUCACCUCCUCCAAAAGCUUCAUGGACAUGAGAAUACAGACACUUACAAAAGAGAAUGAGGAGAUCAAGGGGAAAAUCAUGGAACUUGAUAUCAAAUCAAAACAGUAUUUUGCAGAAUGCAACAAGGCAAAACAGGAAGCUGCUGAGACCCAGAGAAGAUCCGACGAGUUUAUAUCAGCAGUAGCAAACAAAGUCUCUGUAAAUGUGGCAGGAAAGGCGGAUCCUAUGGAUUAUAUCAUAUCCGUGGUGGACGCCUGCUUCAAGGAGAGAGACCGACUGAAGAACUGCAUUUGUGCUUUAGAGGAGAGUGUGAAGUUGUACGAGGUGGAGUGUAAAGCCAGCAGAGAAACAGUCAAGAGACUGGCGACUGAUGUAGAACAUGAACAGUUGCUCUCAGCAUCAAGAGCCAAUGAGCUGAACUCUAGCAGACAGGAAUCGGAUAUAAUCUCCCUGAAGAAACUAAGUUUGGAGAGGGAGAACCAGAGCCUCAAAGCAUCCCUGCAGGAGUCUGAACUGGAGCUGGUGUCUGCACAGCAGCGCUGUCGCCACUAUGAGAAUCUCUCUCAAGAUCUGCAAAAUAAACUCCACUGCUGCCAGAAUGAAGCUCAGGCGUCUCACAGCCACCACAAGGCCUUCAUGAAGAAUGUGGAAGCUCUGCUGGAGGAUGAGUCUCGUCCUCUUCAACACACAGAAAGUGACAUAUUGAAGGCAUUUACGGCCUUGUGCAGCAGGGAGAAAAGUGCACAAAAGUCUCAGCUGGAGAUGGAGGGCAGGCUGGCGGAGGUGGAAGAGCAGUUGUUCAGACACAAAGAGCAUCAGAGCAGCUCAGAACGGAGAGAACAGGAGCUGCUGGACAGAAUCAAGAGUCUGGAGGACGAGCUGCUGACGGCUGGAGUCUGGAAAGAUGGAAUGAAUCAGGAUAAACAGCAUUACCUGCGGUUUGUGGAGCAGCUCUCGGAGAAGCUGAAAGUGGAUCAUGUUGCUGCAGAUCUGGGAUUUGAUAUGAGACUCGAGGCCAUUCUUACACGAGCUGAACAGCUGAGCAGACAGGAAGGGACAGCUUUACUGGAGACCAAGACACAAAUCUACAGCCUUCAGAGAAAGCUUAAAGAACAUAAGGAGCGUUCAGAAAGUAAAGAGCUUCACCUGGAGCUGCUGAGGAGGAAGAUGGUCCAGCUGGAGGAGGAGAAGAGGAGCCGCUCAGCUCUGGCGGUGGAGAAAGAUGAAGCUAGUUUGGCCGGUAAGAAGCUCCAGAAGCGUGUGGAUCGACUGCAGGCGGAGCUGAGCACUUUACGCUUCUCCAACACCGAGCUGAAAGCCCAGCUGUCCCACACCAAUGAGCUCAAGAUCAAAGUGAUGGAACAAAACCAAACCAUAGAGGAUCAGAGUAAGAACCUGGGAAAGCUUGAGAAGAACAAGGUAAAGACUGAGAAGAAACUGACCACCAUCAAGUCAGAGCUGAAAAACCAGGAACUCAGAGCCAGAGAUGAGAUUCAACAAGCCCAGAGACUGCUGGACACUCAGUCUAGUGCUAUAGCAGAUCUCACUCACACCGAGAAACAGCUGCUGGACUUUUACACAGUGGUGUCUCAGAUGUUAGGCGUUGACUGCACAGGUUGUGUCCCAAACCAUGAAGUUCUCAGAAGGCUGGAGGUUCUGCUUCAGUCACGUCACUGUCACUGUCCUGCUCAUCUACACCAGCAUCACUCUCCUCACAUCUGGGCAGCUCCAGUUUCCUCCAUAAACGUCGCUCAUUCUCAUGAGUUCCAACCCCAGGCUCUGCCAGCUCCCUCCAGUACAUCCUCAGACAGCCCAACGGCCCCCAGGGAUAAUAGUAAUAUUUAAGCGACAAAGUUUUUCCCCUUGAAAUACAAGUUUCAAAAUCAUUCUGAUGGUACACUGACUUCUGAAAAGGCAAGUGGCAUUGCUUCUUUCCCAUUCGUUUGCUCCGCGUAAAGGCAGAUCGCUUUACGAUGGCAACAAAUGCACGUGUGCAGCCAUCCAUUGUAAUUACAACAGUGAUAUAUUUAUGACAGUAAAUUACACUUAACUGUAGGGGCUCCAAAGUUACAAAAAUAGACAAAACUACAUACAGUUGCUUUAACGUUCAUCCCAUUCCCAGUUGAAGAGCCUGGAAAUUUUGUGGUUUCCCCAUCAGGCUUCUUAACUAGCUCAACCAGCUCAACCAGCACAAUUUCAUUGGCAAGAAGUAUUUCCUGUUUAAACCAGGAUUUAUCUGCUUUCUGUAACUGCCCCAUUCUGGAAACAAAAAGCACUUCCUACUAUUGAUAGUCAUUAAAAAGCAACCAUGUAUUGUGACAAAAUAAACGAAUUUUGUGCAUGCAUCAUAUUAAUGGCAAGUAUUUCAUUAAAUAUUAUGCAAUGAUUUGAUGUGUUUACCCAGCUAACAAAAAACGUGUUCUAAGGAUGUUUAGCUAAUGUUCCCAUUAAGAUACAGAAAUGUUUCUGAAUAUUCGAAGAACAUUCAAAACAUCCAGUUAACGUUUUAAAAUUUGAAACACUAAGAGAACAUUCCAUUGUAUCAUUUUGCAAACAUGGGAAGUUACUUUUGAAUGUUCUCUGUAUAAAUACAAUGUUUAAAAAACAUUUUCAGAAUGUUAUUAAAGACCAGAUCAUUUUAAAUGAACAUUCUGUUAAUGUUACUGGAAUAAUGUUCAUUCAUAACAGAGAACCUAGUCAAGUUCUGAGAAUGUUCCCUGUUGACUGGGUAAUACAACCAGUAGUGCUGUCAAACAAUUAAUCACAUCCA